CUUUCUGCGCACUGUAGUAACAGGAAGUGCAACAAAGCUACAUCAAAACAUCAACAUAUCGAGCCAAAUAUAUUUCAUAUGUAUAUUCUAUAAAAAUAACAUAUUGACUACAUGGUUUUAAUGUAAAUACAAUGCCAGAAACCAACGACUCCCGAUGCGUAUUUUUCAAUACGGACUCAGAAGAUUAUCGAUGCGCGCUGAUUUUAGCAGUAAAACGAGCCACGGGCACCUUCUCCUUGGUGGGAUGUCUUUUCAUGCUGUUUGUGAUCUGGCUGCUGCGCAGAUAUCACUCCUUAGCUCAGAAGAUGAUCCUGAGCCUCACUGUGGCUGCGUUUUUUGACAGCGUGGCUUAUGUCAUGGGAGAAUCCCAUCCACCAGAGGGCUCUCUUUGUGACUUCCAGGCCUGGUGGUUAACUUACUUUGAUUGGAGUGCCUUGGCCUGGGUUUGCCUCAUCACUUUGAAUCUCUAUUUCAACCUGGUCCAAGAAAUAAGCACCAAUAAAUAUGAGAUGUUGUACCAUCUGAUGGCAUGGGGGGUGCCUCUGGUCAUGGCCUCUUUACCGUGGCUUAAGGGAUGCUAUGGCCCCGCGGGAGCCUGGUGCUGGAUCAGAGACGAUCACGUAGCCUGGAGAUUUGGGAUAUGGUAUGUGCCGCUCUUCACCCUUAUCUUCCUGAUGAUCUGCUGCUACGCCAGGAUUAUCUGCGUGGCCAAUGCGAGGUUACAGUCCUGGCUGGGAACCUUCAACCCAGAGAGGGAGAGACGGAAGGUCUCCCUGUCCGAGGAGAUCAAGCCGUUAAAGUGGUAUCCCUCUGUGUACCUGCUGGUGUCCAUCUUCCCACUCAUCAACAGGCUCCAUAAUGCUGUCUACCCACAGGAACCAUCCUUCCCUCUCACCCUGUUGCACGUUCUGUCAGCACCGCUUCAUGGCUUGGCCAAUGCAUUUGUCUUUGGCCUGGACAGGGAUUGGUGGAGCCUCCUCAGCCCAACUGGCAUGCAGCUGGCCCUGCAGUCACGGCUGUGCGACAGGACUCGCAUCGGAGAGUAUCACCCCGGGGCAGUACGCUACUCACAAGCCAACCUGGUGGACCUCAGCGAUGACGACGAGGAUGACACCAACGUGCUCUUCUACUCACCUGACAUGACCCUGAAAGGCCGGGGGCCCUGAGAGAGAGAGAGAGGGAGAGGGAGAAGGAGCAAGACAAACGAGGUCCAGGGAGAGAACACGGAGGAGGGUCAGAGCCAGGGAGGAACAGCGGCAGAUUAGAAACCGAGAGGAAGAAGAAGAAAAAAACAGGUAGGGAGGGAAUGGAAGGGAAGAUUGGGGGGACAGUCAGGCAGAUAGAAGCCGGAGAUGAGCUGUCAGGUUUCAUUAUUAAUCCCCAUCCUUUACUAUUUAAUAUCCUAAAGACACACACACACACGCGGGGAGACACAGACUGUGCAGAGCAGCAGCAGAUUUCUGCAUCACUUUCAUCCAAGAGAAGCCAAAAAAGGAGAGGCUCUGAGGAUCCUCCUAAUGUUGGAGGAAUUACCUGCAUCUCGUAGAUCCUGAAAUAAUCUUUUUUGGCUCUUUUCAUCACCUUCUUGAUUUCCUGCACUCUGCACUAUCACGACAAACCGACCGAAAAAAAAAGAAAGGGGGAAAAGACUACUGAAGGAUGAUGGUAACAAGAUGUUUGUUUCGGCAUUCUCAGCAAUCACCUUUUUCAACUUCUCUGCAGGAAAUAAUGUAAAAAAAAAAGCAGUCUGUUUUUCAGACAUGAAAAGCUUCUACGGAUCCCAGCACAAAACACCUUCUGUGUGUGAGGUAUUCAGUGAAUACAUUCACACACAUUCAUAUGAAAGAAGGAUUCAUUUUAAAGGAUAAGAAUUACCUUAUAGGACAAGUACGUCCUAAAAUGCCACUGUUACUUUUCAGACGUUUCUCAUUUCUCUAGCUACAUCCAUAUUACUCAAUUUUUUUGUUUAACAAACAACAUGCAGUAUAUCCCGCACCUUUAAUGCAAUUAAUGCACCUGCUGUCUACUCACUCAGGUCUUUGGAAGCCUCAGAAUCAGUCUUGAGUGAAACUGGAAACGUUUCUACCAGCAGUCAUUUUCUGAGCACUUCUUAUCCACCACUAGACUAAUAUAUCUGUAGACAGUCCACCUUAAACGCAUGAGAAUCCUCAAUCAAGUUAUAUGUAGUGAUUGGUGACAAAAAGCCAGCUAAUAUUGAGCCAUUUCUGCUUGACAUGUUGGCUGUUAGCAAGUUAGCAUAUAGGAAGCAAAGAUUGUAACAGCUUGACUGUUCUAUAAAGUAAAUUAAGCUAGUGUAUUAAGCAUAAAGUCAACAUGCUACUUAGCACACUUAGCUGCUAGCUGCCUCUGGCCCACAACUACUUCAUUUGGGGUUUUCCAUAUGCUGUGAGAUUAAAAUUGUUUUGUAAGUUACUCUCUGCCAUCUUUCAAGGUUAUAGUGUUAGUAUUUUGGAGUGAUUUCUUAAGGGUGCGUGUCAGAAACAGCGCUGCUAUGCUACAGUUUGUUCUUCUGAAACUCCUCGGUGACUAAAAAGAAAACUUAAUAAUGUCUUUAUAUGUAUUUUAAAAGUUUAGGUUUAGCAAGACAAUAAAUGACUUUGUCCUCGGUCUAGCAAUGGCCGUCAGAAUAAAACCCGUUAAAUUGUGUUUACUUUAGUGCAAAUGUUCAAUGCAAUGUACUGGCCACCAGUGCAGUUAUAUAGCAGUUAGGACACAUGUUACUUCUGACACAAGAAUACUAUUCUCUAUUGUUUCUUACUGAAAACGCAGGUUUUUGCAAGAAUGUAGUAAUUAGGAUGUAGCCAUGGAUGGUUUGUUUGGUUCAUUGUAUUUAACCUGUAAUUUACUGAUUGUCAUUUUCUACUACGAUGUUUUUCCUGAAAUACCAGACUUUUUACGGGUUGAAUUUGAUAUUUAAACAAGGUUGUUGUACUGUUUAACGUAUAUAUAUACUGUAUAUUUAAGUGCACUCUUUAUUUUUUUGUUACGUGCCUUCAGCUGAAAUGUAUGACAAGGUUUCUCCUUGGAUUAGUUACAGCGGGGCAGAGCCUGAUGACAUGUGUAGCCUUAAGAACAACUUAACAGUCUUUUGUUAGUCAAACAAAACAGACCGACAUCAGACAAACACAGAGACACUCCUUGUCAAAACAGCUUCAAAUGAUGACUUGACGCUUCCCCAUCUCCUGACCUGUGUCUCUGAGCUGCUGUGUCAAGGUGUGACCUCGCCUAAAAUAAAUGAAACAUUUCUGGUUCCACGGUAAGGUUUCAUGUUGAAGUCUCACAAAAAAGUCUGGAAUUCCUCAACAGCGCUGAAGGAGUGGGGUAUGAAUGUUAUCAGUCAAUAUUCAUAUGUUAUAGUUUUAUAGUGUAGUAGUUAAUACACCUGCUAUAAACACAAAAGGUCUGGGGUUCUACCCCAGAGGAAGCAUAUACUUAAUGGCGCCUCCGGUGGCAGCCUGUGUGGGUUGCAAAGCCUCACACUGUAAAUGUCCCCAUUGAGGGACAAAUAAGGGACUUUGUCUGCCAUUUUCCUCCUCAAACAGUGGUUGUCACUGAUGGCUACAAUGUAAAGGCUGGGCCAUGCUUUACAUGUUCUGUGUCUGAGAUCCUGUCUAGUUGAAAUACACAUUAAUUCAAAUAUCUAACAUCUCAUUAAUGUAUUUUACUCCAAGGGUAUUUGGUACACACAGCCAGGUUCCCACCUCUCCAUUUCCAGAGUCAGUAGAACAGUAUGGAUAAUCUUAAUUUCUUUUAUGGAAGGUGGAGCUACAAACUUGCUGUCUUUCCUAUUUGCAAUCUCCUGGAGCUUGGUGAAACCUGUGGUUUCCAGAUUCAGAAAGCAUGACCUAGGUCUGAAAGAUUCCCUCAACUUUCACCCAGGAUCUAUUUGGUGUUUUUCUCAUGUGUGGGUGUUUUUACGGUGUGGACGGCACACGCUGCCUGCUGUCAGCUGCCUCACCAACAAGUCCAACUAAUGAACCAACACUUGACCCUUUUUUUUUUACGCUUCUGUUGUUGAACUUUUCUGCAGGGGCCGUCAAUGACACCACGGUGCAACUUUUCCUUUGCACUUCCCAGAAGCCACCACUGAAUCACCGGCGCGUCUUACCGCUGCCUUGGUACUGUUGCUCGUUCUACUUGACUGCGCACUCCAUCAAAUAAAUGAGCAGGAGAGACAUUUCAUAACAAA